CAUGUGUAUAAAGAGAGUUCAAAGUCACACUCAUUUCCUCAUCCUUCUCUACACCAAUACAAAUAUUCCAUAAUUAAAAGGGAGAGAGUAUUUGGUAAAAAUGGGUACCGGAAACAAUGGCAGAAUUUUUAUUUUGUUGGGUCUUUUGUUUGCUGUUGUGACACUAAUCUCUUCUGAGGUUUUAGCUGCUAAGGAUUUGGCUGCAAAAACAACAAAAGAUGAGACAGCAAAGAAAAGUGGUCUGCAAGAUGCCAAGUACGGAGGAAACGGUGGUUACUCAGGUAACGGUGAUUACGGAUCCCCUGGUGGCGGUGAAUACGGAUCCCCUGGUGGCGGUGGAUCCUCUGGUAAUGGAAGGGGGCACCGUUAUGGAGGUGGGCGUGGUGGUGGAGGUAGAGGAGGUGGUUACAGAUGCCGACAUGGCUGUUGUGACGGCCGUGGGUACUACAGAGGACAUUGCUACAACUGUUGCUAUUCUGCUGCUCAAGCCAAAGCCUUGGCUGCUGAAACUACCGCGACCCCCAAUAAUCUCAAGCCUUAGAAAUCUAGCAUACUAUAUGUAUAGCUACUUUGAAAGCUAAUUAGCAUCGAAUCAAAGAUGCCCUACUUAAUAAAAAUGAAAUAUUAUAUUUUAGCAACUCGUUCCCCUUUAUGUAUUUGUAAGAACAGUUUCGUCCCAAAUGUUUUCCUGAAAUAAUUUUUUUUUCUUUUUUA